UAUAUCAGCAGCAUUACAGUGAAAAAAAAACUCGAGCCAUAGAUACUCAUAUUUUGUGUACUGCUGAUGCAGGAUCAAAUUCAUAUUGUUUGUCACAAAAAUGAUUUUCAUAAAAGCGAUGAAGUCGCUCGUGUUACUAUUUGCUUUAGAUUUUUCAUUGGUUCAGUCAGGAUCCGAUUCAGAAAGUUCCCAUUUGUUCAUUGGCAAAUAUCGAAUUCCUUCUGAAACCAAAGGUCCCCUGAAUAUCGAGACUAGUAAAGUGAAAAAAGCCAACGAUUUAUCCCCUAUACAUUUCACAGCUCCAAUAUUCGAGAGUACAAAAGUGAAGAAUACCGGGAAGGCAGUUGAAGUCUUUAAUACUGAAGUAAAUUCUGCCACAACAGUGACUGGAGGUCCCCUUCUAAAGGACGUUUACAAGUUCUACGUUACCAUAUUUCGUUUAUCUGGUAAUUCAAGUGGACCUGCAGCCACCACAGUGGACGAUGUAAACGGAGUUCCAAUAGAAGCUUUAGCUUUAUGGUACAAUUUAAAAUAUGAUUCAUUUGAAAAUUCAAAACAUUAUAGAGAUGGAAUGGCUGCAAUUUCUUUUCCAGUUACUGUAGGUCCACUUCCAAGCUUGACGUUUCUCCCAUUUGCACGAAAGCUGGAAAAAAUUCGCGAAUCCAAUUCAUCUGUAUCUGCUUUUCUCUUCGAGCAUUUCAUUUGGUUUGAUGGAUAUCUGUUGCCUCCCACUCCUUAUUACGCUUAUCCCGGCUCUUAUACGGAUCCAGAAACUUCCAAAAAAUAUUAUUGUACCACAAACAUAAUAUUUCAACCACACAUUAAUACUAUUUCAAACGAACAAUUUGAAAAAUAUAUUCAAUCACUCAAGAAUUCGAAAGGAGACCGUUUAACAAAUCCACUACAGAGUCAACCUCAAGGUGAUAUACCAGUUAUAGAAGCUGUUGGACAAAUACAAGUUUUCAUUCCUUUUGGAAAACGACUUACUGAUUUAUCUCUAUUGUAGAUAAUGUGAAAAUGAACUUAAAUAUCCGAUUUCUUCAGUCAGUUUAUAA